AUGGCUGUAUCUUCAUCUUAUUCCUCCUUUUCGUCCUGGUCGGACUUACUCCCGGAUCUUAUAGACUCUGUAUUCCACAGCCUAACCGAUGUCAAAGACAUCCUUAGCUGUUCCACCGUCUGUUCUUCUUGGAGAUAUUCUUCUUCCGCCGUGUACAGUCGCAAGUUCGUUCCUUUAUUCUUUGUUUCCCAUCCCUCCUCUGCCGAUGGAGAAACUCAUUUCUCUAAUCAGUUUAGAAUUUUGUCUCCUAAAAAUUUGGUUUUCUCAGGGAAUUAUCAGAGAUGGAUCUGCGGAGGCACAAGAGGGUAUUUGUUAACUGUCCAUGUUUCUUUCCCGUUCGAGGUAUGUUUACAGAAUCCAUUUACUAACAACGUUGUUUCUCUGCCACCGUUGGUAUCUUUUGAGGAUGUUCAGCGGUUGCUUCAGUUCCAAGCCAACUCUGGAGCCCUAACCCUAAUUAAAGAGUUUGUAAAGAAAGUAGUCUCUUGUAAAAGUUUAUUAGACUCUGAUUGGGUUGUGCUCAUAAUCUAUAACAUUGAUGGAGGAAAGCUAGCCUUCUGCAGACACAGAGAUAAACAAUGGACGGAGUUAGAGUCUGAUCACAUUGUUGACACUGUGUUCUGUAGUGGUGUCUUCUUUUCCAUGGACAGAACUGGAUUGAUAUAUCAAUGUGAACUUAACACUAACAAUCCAAAGGCUAUUCCUUUAUGCAACGCCUCGCCGUUUCGGUACGACCCUUGCAAGAAAUACUUUGCAGAGUCGGAUUAUGGUAAACUGUGGGUGGUUCUACAGAAGCUAGACGUUUGUGACGACUUUGAUUUCACCACAUAUUUUGAGAUUUACGAGUUUAAUUUAGAGACGAAAGAGUGGACUGUGGUGAGAAGCUUGAGUGGGAAAGCUUUGUUCUUGAGCCCUCAAGGUAGAUGUGUAGCGGUUAUAGCAGGUGAAACCGGAACUGGAGGGUUCAUCAAAGACAAUUCCAUUUACUUCAUUGAUGGGAGUUUAGGAUCGGGGCCCCUAAAUCUGAGCGUUUUUGAAUGGGAGAGUAAGCAAAUCAAGGAGCUUCACCAGUCAAGAUUUUGUAAUCUUAUGUUUUGGAUCACACCUGCAGAUGUUCUUCAAAGAUACUGA